AUGCUGAGCCAGAUUGCAGAUUGUUUCUUAUCAUUAACACACCAUCAUUGUUCCCUAUACUCCAUGUCAUCCUCAGUUGUCGUAGCUAAUAUCCCCUUGUCCGUCAGUGAUGUGACCCUUCUUAAGUUCUUUGGCAAGACGAUGAAGGGCUGCACGGUCAAGCAUAUCCAGCCCUUCCCAGAUGCGUACCAUUAUAUCAACGAAGUUGCCUCGACGAGAUCUGUCCAAUUGUUCCUCGAGGGUGACCAGGAGGUGGACGUGAUCAAGAAAACUUUCGAAGACGAAAGAACCAUGCAACAGCUGAUCGAGAUGGAGAAGGAGUUGAGUUCCACUCAUCAACUUGAGACAAAGGUUGCGGCUUCGCAAGUCAGAAGGUUGUCAGUCACCACAGCAUAG